AUGCCCUUGAGAGCCUUGGAUAUAUUCACCGAAACAUGUUCUCAAUCAAAGGCAAAAAAAAUCGUACUGGUAUCGUUGCAUUUGAGCCAAAAGUGCAUGUCAUACACGGUAGAGACAAUGAGGAAUUAAAUGAGCUGUUUAUGCUUGCCGACUUCAUUUAAAUUUGAAGUUCCACACUUAUGGACACCGUUGAUGCGAACCAGCUCACUGUGCAAGCUUGUGCGGAGUCAUAUUAAGUGGUGGCCGCGUUUCCGGUGAGUCGGCAGAUUUGGACUUGGACUACAGCUACCACUAGUACCGGCGGAUUUGAAAGAACACUAUAGUUAACUAGUACUCAGUACACGAACGUAAACGUGUGUAAAUAAGAAAUAUGCUUGGUAACGUUUACAGAAAACCAAAAAGAACAUGUUUGACUUACUAUGAGGAUAGCAAUGCCAGACUAAAGUCUACACUGUCAGCGUAGCGUAUUUAUCCCGAUGAGGUUUACUUCUGAUCAUGCGCACUGUUCAUUGUCCAGUACGCUAAACGGAUCUAUAAAAGCCAAAAUCAAAAAUGGGCCUGCAUUAUAACGUUUAACGGAAGCUCAGGAAUUUUGCUGCGUCUGCUAUAUCCAGGCAACUAGGUCUAGGCUUGUACACCUAAUAGAACAUUUCCGGUCGGUCGUAGGCUGACCAAUCCAGUUUUAAACGAUUGGGCAUCGACCCCCUGGACUACAUUUGUAUUUGAAAUGCAGUGGACAACAUAACGACAUGCCGCAAUUGUCAACUGUCUCUUGAGACUUUAACCGGUGUAUGUGGAACAAGCAAAUUAGCUGAUAACUUGUUAAUUUCCGCCGACUAGAUCAGUCGCACACCUCCAUCUCCACGCAAUGAACGUAAGCACACUAUGUUGUCUAGGUCCACGGUCGACUGUUCUUGUCAUCUUUAUUCUAGAUAUUUUCAUAAGAAUUUUCAACUCUUUGCGGUAAUUCUUAAAUCAACUGUGUUUCUUUAUCCCAAGGGAGGAUAUAGGGCUUCGGCUCUAGGGGCAUGAGACGGCAAGAAAACCCCUCAUAAGCUUUUACCAACCGUAUGUUGACAAGUGUUUUAGGGCUGGAGCAAAUUAAACAACUAAUUAAUUGUACACGGACAAUACUUGGAAAGUACACGACAACCUUCGUUUUUAAUGUGUGAUCCUGUGUCACAACUUGAGACAACUAAAGAUGUUAUCUACAACCUGAUUCUACAGGAGGUCGGGCCUAAAGAAAAUUAUGCGUGACGAAACAAAGCAAUAAUUUGUGUAAAUGUAUAAACGCGGAAUGAUACAAGGACUGGUAUAAAUUGGAAAAUUGGACAAGAUUUCGUUGAGUAGGAUUGUUUUGACGUCUUCUCUCGUGGGAUUCUGAGCAUCGUGCCCAGGACGGCUUGCUUUUGAUCAGACCACUGCACGGGGCGAACAGAAUGCUAAGCGGUUGAGCAUGAACUACGAAUUUGCUCAACACGCCUUGGGAUAAAGAGCAAAGAUCAUUGGGUAAUGAAGCCGAUAUCUAUUGGUCAAUAAAAGUAGCUUAUACGUCAUGACCAUAAAGAGAAGUACAAACUUCAACAUGAACUCAAGUGUUCAAAUUCUGGAAUAAGGGGUGUUAACAAGGUGACAUAAUUAACCAAAAAGUACCCCAUGGAGAAAAGCGAACAGGCUCAAGCGUAACAUAGUAACUGUGUGGCAUUUACACACGUGCGCUGUAGUGAAGUGUAAACGAUCAACUUUUCUAGACUUGUUGAAAGUUUUUAUAACGUUUGCUCAAACCUGGAAUUACAAUGGCAAUUUUUGGCCGGAACUAAUUGUGUGGGUUUACGUUUGUAACGAUAUUCGCUGAUGUUUGUAUAAAUAACACUUAUGUACCGACAGGAAUAAUUAACUUGGACCAAUGUGUUUAUAAAGAAUGUAAAACUGUAAGAGUUUUCACAACAUUAGAAAGCCUCAUGGUCUUCGUCAGAUGCAGAAUUGAGUAAUUGUUACCUUACCACUGGAAUUGUUUUUAUCUGAAGGUAUUAUUCAAAAUGCUGCUAUAUAUUGGUUGGUCUUUAAUUCGUCCAGCGAUAGUUCUUAUUUUAAUAUCAACUUAUAUCAGGGCUCUUUCGUCAGUUGUUGCUUUGGGUGCAAACAUCAUAUGUGAUAGGGUACCAGGGUUAAAUGAACGGCAGAAGAACAUUUGUCAAAGUCGACCGGACGCCAUGGUGGCGAUCAGUGAUGGUAUCCGAAUAAGCAAGACCGAAUGUGAAUACCAGUUUAGGAACGGUCGUUGGACUAGUUUUCCUCUCUGUACAGGGUACAAAGAGGCCGCCUACCAAUACGCCAUCAGCUCAGCCGGCGUAACUUACGCCAUUACGCAGGCGUGUAGCCAAGGCAACAUGACUAAUUGCAGUUGUGAUCGCAGCAAGAAGGCUGGCGUUCUGAUGGACGAUGGUUGGAUGUGGGGAGGUUGCAGUGCCGACAUCGAAUAUGGCAUUCAAUUCUCUAGAUUAUUUGUUAACGCAAGAGAAAGUGGAGAGACGGCUAGGUCACUUAUGAAUCUACAUAAUAAUCAUGUUGGACGAAACAUUGUUAAAAACAACAUCAAAACGGAAUGUAAAUGUCAUGGGGUUUCGGGUUCGUGUACAAUGGAAACAUGUUGGAGAACCUUACCACAGUUCCGAAUUGUCGGCAAAAAACUAAAAGAUAAAUAUUGGAAAGCAAAACAUGUAGAACCAGUUCGGUCACGGAAAAUACAGUUACCAGUGUUUCUAACGACAAACGCCAAAUCUUUCGAGAAACCUCGAAAAAUGGACAUGGUCUAUCUCCACAAAUCGCCAAAUUUUUGCGAGAGGAGCAGCAAAGAUGGUUCGCUUGGCACCUCGGGAAGAGUGUGCAAUAGAUCCGCUGUUGACACUAGCGAUAGUUGUAAUUUAUUGUGCUGUGGCAGAGGAUACAACACACAUCAGUAUACUAAAACUUGGCAGUGUAACUGCAAAUUUCACUGGUGUUGCUACGUCCAGUGUAACGAAUGUAGCGAAAGGACAGAAGAGUUUACAUGCAAAUAAGCAAGUGGAUAAAACGAAAAAUAUGAAGAAGGAAAUACCGCACCAGAUCGCAGCAAAUAAUAAACAUUCGGCUUUCCAAGUAGAAAUUAUUUAUGAAAUAAAUAUUUUAAAUGUUAUAGAUUUGUAAAUAUAAGGUAUUGUACAUAUUUCGCAUAGGCCUAUCCAGCAAAAGUUUGGAUGUAAAUGCAUUGGGUCUUUAUUGUCCGAGUAAUCGUAACGAAGGAAUUUUAGAGACUUUAUUUUUCCAUUCAAUAUGUUGAGGAUAAACAUAAACAUAUUGUGUUUGUAUUUAUGUAGGUAAUUAUAAUUUAUAUCCUAUGAUUGGAACUGUAAUGAACGCUAUUACUGCAAAGCAGACGUAAAUAAAAUUGUAUAUAAAACGGUAAAUAAUUGUAAAAUCUUGUAGAUUUUUUACUAUAUAUAUAUCAGUUAAAAAAGGAAUACAUUAGCAUGUCGUCACUGUAAAAUGCUGACAAUGUAGGCCUACACAUUACGUCAUCGAUCAUUAACAAAUUGUUUAAUACAUUAUGCUUUCACACAAAUAUGCCUACAUACACACUUGGGGUUUGUAGACAGUAACAUGUCGCAUCAAAACACAUCUAAAUAUACAGUAUAUCGUCAAGUUUAGACUUGACACUUAGCAUCACAUGACUUGGUAACUUGCUGUGAAAUGCCCUUCUGGAAUAUCUCCCAAACCAUUCACUACAUAUAUACUUUGAAUGCAUUCCAAUCAGUUGAUGGGAAAUGUAUUUUUAGAGUGAUGAAAGCUAGAACAGUUGCAGAAUUUGAUUAUUUGGACUGAGAAGGGGAAAAAAUUCAACUUAUGAAGCACAGUGCGCAAACAGAAAAAUUGUAUGCCUAAUGAAAAUGCCUGUUUUUGACAAAUGCAGUUAAUCUACAUUGACAUUGACUAAUACAAUUAAUCUAUAUUGACAUUGCCUUAAAAACAUAAUUGCACAAGUUACAAUGUUUAAUUUCAAGAGAUAAUGAAAACAACCAACAGGUCAUCAUGUUUGCCUUAAUGUUAAUGUAUUUCUGCCUUUUAUAUGUUACCACAAUUCACUCUAAUUCAUACUUUGUAUCAAUUGCAGGGGUCGAUCAAGGCCUACUCAAGGCAUUCCGAUAUUUAGGAGGAUGGGGUAUGGGAGUUAAGAAGGGUCAAAUACGGAAAUAAGCCUAAAUUAUAGGAUGCAAGUUUUGGCCUAUCAGCUAAAUAAAAUAAUCACAUAAAUAAUAGACAUAAUUAUAACUGAUAUUAAUAAGUAUUGGUUAUAUACAUUUGUAGUAAAUCGUAUUUAGUAAAUUAUUAACAUUAUCAUGAUUCAGAUCAUUAAUAUUUUCAUCAUUAUUAAAAGCACCUUGCUAUAACCUGUCUAGAUGUACAGUAUUAUAUGAACAAAAUUUUGUGAAAAACUGUAUUUCUUUGAGAAUUGAAACCAAGACAUUCAGCCCAUCGCAUUGGAAUUCAAAGCCAAACCCAAACCCUGAUACUUACUCCACUGGAAUUCCAAUUCAACAUCCUCCAGCUGCUCCCACAUUGGGAUUCAAAUUCAAGACCCCCCCACUGUCCCUAGACCCUAAUACUUACAGUAUUAUGUAUAUAAUACUAAUAAUCUAAUUCAAGAUCUUUCUACUGCCUCAUUUGGAUUCAAUAAUAAUAAUAAUAAUGCAUUUAUAAUGCGCCAUCUAUUAGGUAAACCUAUUCAGAGGCAAUAUUCUAUGGGUUAGCAUAAACAUAGUCCCCUGCUACCAUAGUUUAUACACCCAAGCUCCCACAUUUUGGGGGAUGUCGCAAGGGUACAUAGUUACCAACCCGAGAUUCCAAAUACGUGACUACACAAGUUGGCGGGUUGGGGAGGGGGGCCAUCGGGCCCUCUCCGGGGUCCACCGGCUGGAGGCCAAUGGUCAGGUGAGUAACAGGGGUCUUGGGUCAGGGGGAGGCAAAGGUAAUAAUUUUCCCGGUUAGUAAUUUAUCACUCCCGGUUAGUAAUUUAUCAAACGCGCAAAAAUUGUUUGUGUUUUUAAUUCUAAUUUCCUCCGAAUUGAUCGAAACUCCCUAAGAUGUGCAAUUUUUAGAGGAAAUUGGCCUACUGCAACAAGAAAUGCACACGAAGCACGCAAAAUUUGAGAUUUUUAGGCUUGAAUCAUGAAUUGUAUCCUCCAUAAAAAGCCAACAAAAAACUUAUCAAAGGAGUCCUGUGCUGUGCAAACGUGCCCCACUGUGCUUUACAAAUCAAUUGCGCGAGUAAAAUAUUAAGAAAGAGUUAAAGAUGGGGGUGAAAAGGGCAUCUUCAAGGGGUGGGGAAAGAUUUUCCACAGAUGGAUAUUUUCCCCAUGUCCCCCGGUGUUUACGCAACUGCGGAGAAUAUCUGGCGGCUUAGGUCAAAGGAG